CCGUGGAGUAGCAUGGCCGUUUCGGUCAGGUCUUGAAUGGUCUUUCGCGUGCAGUCGCAUGCAUGUUUUACGUCAUGUUUCUCCAUAUGGUGCAGCUCCUGCACGUGGUGCAAUGGAGGUUGAAAGAAGGUUGUGUAAUUUUGGACUGAUGUAGAAUUUGGAUGAAGUUGUUGGUGGUUAGGACUCUAAACAUACUCUUAGUAUGGUUAUGCAAGUAGCAUACAUUUGUUUAAAAUGCUUGGUAUUCUGUGUACCAGUAAUACUGCAGUUGAAGAUCUGAUAUGCAUAGGGACAUCAGCAGCAUCACAGUUAUUUCUCAUCACAGGUCUGGCCCACCAGCUAUGAAGAAAUACUAUCAGCUUGCAUUGGUGAUUAUCUCUCUUGUGAGUGUGGUGACAUUGCUGUUUUAUCGGCAUGAAUAUAACAGACUUCGAUAUGUGUUGGAAGUUUUGAACUUUUUUGGGAAACCUGGAGGACAGCAAAGUAGUCUGACUUCAGAUGACUGUAUUACUAGAAAUUCAUCACAUGGUAAAGAAUUUUUAAACUUUGCAGAACCAGAACCUGCAUGGCAAAGGCUUAGUGAUACACAUUUUCUUUAUUCAUCAUAUUGGGAACUAUCUGAAAAAGAAAGAAGGGUCAGAGCUCUAUCAGUAGAAUUUGGAGAUAGCAUUCCAGAUUUUGCUUGCAGUUUCUGGUUUGAAAACACAGAUGCAGCUGUCUUAGGAACAUUCAGCUUUUCAAAGAUUGAAAUGAAAGAAGUUGUUAAGGUAGCUUUAAAAGACAAAAACAGACCAAAAGUAACUGGUUACUAUUUAUUUUGUAAAGCUAAAGAUAUUAGUAAUGUACCAUAUGGAGUCUCAUUUUACAGUACUGAAGAUAUUGUGCCUUCCAGAGUUUUCAUCCCUGUGUAUUACACAAACGAGAAAUUAGCAUCAUCAAAUAGCACUGCUAUUUGUAUUGUCUCAUCUCCAAUGCCGGGUUUACGGAAGUCAGCUGUUGCAGAAUUUUUGAGCUACCACCAGUUUGUUGGAGUGACAAAUUAUAUCAUAUAUAAUGGAGGUUUUCCAAAUAAAGUUCUCUCAGUUCUUCGUGGCACAGCAGUACGGGAGGGACUAGGUCUUGGUAUUUCAGUUCUCCCCUGGAACUUUCCUGUCCGUUCCCGACAAGCAGAGGGAGUGGCAAGGAUGGUGAUGGAGAAGGACUGUCUCUUCCGUACCAGGGGGAAAAUCCAUAAUGUUGCUGCUUUAACAUGGGAGGAAUACAUAGUUCCCAGGUAUCACCAUUUGCUUCCAUCCAUGCUAGAUGACUUUGAUUCUAGAAGGACGACUACAGCAAGGUUUGAAAUUCCAACCAUAACAUUCUGUACUGAAUUUCCUGAUGAUGAACAAGCAGAACCAGGUUCUCCUUUGAUGUUUCGUAAAACUCGAUACCGUGAAAUAGAUAACAGUGAACGUCCAUUUUAUGUGUACCGUCCACAUUUGAUCUCAGCCAGCAGCAGGGAGCUGGCUGCGACAACACAGAAUGUGCCUCAAAGAAUUGUAGCACUGCAUCGCUAUGCACCAUGCUUCCAGAGUGGGAAGCAGCUUGCUGAACAAGCAUACAUUAAUGAACCUGCCAUGUUACGAUUUUCAGGUGAUCUAAAGAGAUCACAUUUGCUCACGGUAUGGUCUUCGAAUAGACUGUUUAUAUGAGUGUUUUCCAAGUGACCUGCCAGAACUUUUAUGUCACAUUAUCUAUGCACUCAGGCACAGAAUUUUGACAUUUUUCUUUGAUAAAUUUAUCGAGUGACAUGAGAAAGAAAUACUACUUACAUAAAAUGUUAUGAAAUACUAGGCUAAAUUAAACUGUUGGCAUGAUUGUUUUCAUAAUUAAGUUGUUUGGUGGUUUUAACAUCCUUGAUAUUCAUCCCGCUGCAAAUUGGUCUGGCUACAUCUCAGACAUCCAAUAUGGCAUACCAAGGUUCAGUUUACAUGAUAUCUGUGUGGGUCCUAUAGCAGACAAAAUUUUGCUCUGCUAAAUUAUAUUCCCUGCAUAGUUUGCCAUUAAUGCCAUAAAUAUUAUAAACUAUAAUAGGUGAAGUACAUUGUGGGUAGGUGUCAUAAUAGCUCAGCCAGUAUGAUUGGCUGUGGACUGAGAAAUGGGUUUUAUUGUGUAGGAACAGGGAUUUUUGCUUUUGCUGCAAUGUCCAGAUUGGCUCUUAGGUCCAUCUAGUCUCCUGUCCAUCUGGUACUGGGAAUAAAGCAGCCAGAACAUAAUGGUGAAUGCUCAUUUCUACCUAGUUCUGAGGUUAAAUAAACAUAUGUGAAGCUGUACCUUCACUGUCACAUACAGCUGCAUGGUGUGGUGCUCCUUUAAGGACAGGAUAAUUUACUUUUUUACUUUCUCAUAUUCAUAUUAUAUAUGAUAAAAUAUUGCAAUGGUAAAAAAAACACGUCAAAAUGUUUUCAGAAUCCCUGAAUAUGAAAACAACCAAAGAUAUAAUACAUAAGAUAUAGUUUCAUAUAUUCUGAGAAAGUAUUGUGAUGGCAAAAAAUUGAUCUUGGAAGUCUGAUGGAUUUACUAGAUGGUAAAUGAUACAAACUCCGUC